CUCCUGACCUCAGGUGAUCUGCCCGCCUUGGCCUCCCAAAGUGCUGGGGUUAUAGGCAUUAGCCACUGUGCCCAUCUUGCUUGGAAAUUUUGAAGCCCAAGAAAGUAAAGCCUGGAGCCCCAAGGAUCCUGGCCUUAUACUUUCUCCACCCCUUCCAGGAUGCCACUGCCAGCCCGUCUCCUGCCAGGACGGACUUGGAGUAAAACCUCUCGCAGCUAGCAUUAGAUUGAGGGCUCCUGUUUACCAAGUCUGGAUCUGUAGGCUGAUAAGCAGCUACUGGGGCCCCCAAGCUUGGCUGUAGGACUGCCCAGCAGCUGCAGGAAAGUCAGGGUGCUAGAGGAGUAGGCUGGGCAGCUGGUGUGUACCAGCAGUUGGGACUGACAGCAGCAGGAGGAUCUUGAGCCUAAGCGGUGCCUCCCUAGCAGCCCAGGGAGAAGCCGGGCCUCAGGAAGUGUGCCCCCCAAACUACAGCCUAAAUCUAGGUCAUCUCAGCACGAUGAUGUUCAGCUGCCUGCCCUUCCUAAUGCAUUUGUAUCUCCCUCCCUGUGCUGAAGGCUCUCUUGUCCUCCGAUGACACUCCUUUCCCUUGGGGCCCUGACUGCAGCCCCAGAAACCCAGCUCACAGGUGCCACAGGUGGGCUCCAGCCCUUCCAGCUGUCAGACCCAUUCUUCAUGUCGUUUCUUGGGAUUAGCUGGCCGAUGGGAGGGUCUGAGAUGUGUGGGUGGGAGGGGAUUCUGCCCUGUCUCAGAUCCUUAAAGUCAGGACCCCAGAGAGAACUCCAGCAGCCAUUAUAGCAAGAGGUAAGAAAGGAACAAUCUGGUAGGAUGGCAGGGGAUGGGUCAGGGUAGGGCUACAGGCAUGGAGAACAGAACAGAGGAAGUGGGGAAAGGAAAUACAGUUACCCGGGGUCUCAGAAAGGAUUGGAGCCUGAGAUGCUCAAAGGCAAAAAUCCAGAUUUUGGAAGAACUGAGUUUUAGGACAUCCUAGGAGUGUGUAAGUGUGUCACAAAUAGUAACAGGACAUUGAUUUGUACACUUACCUCCCUUGGGAAGAGGAUAGGAAUAUACCCAGAUGUUUUUGUGUUGUUUUGUGUGCCUGGGGUGUCUAUGUCUCUGACACUCUGUGUGUGCUUGUGUGAGUGUACACAUUUAUCUAUGUGCUGCCUAGAAGGGAAGGGAGCUAACAGUAAUGAAGUAUCUCCCCAAUGUCAGCCACAGGGCUCAGUUUUACUUAUGUUUUCUCAUAAUCCUCCCAACAACCCUGUGAGGUAGGUAUUUUAAUCUCCAUUUUACUGCAGCAAAGACAGGCUCAGUGAAGCUGAGUAAUUUGCCCAAGGUCACAUGGCAAAUUGAUGUGUAUAUCUAGAAUCUGCCUGAUUGCUGGGCCUGUGCACUUUCUGCUUUUCUGUCCAGAGGUCUGAGUCUGACCCAGGACUUCUUUGUGGUCAAAAAGUGAGGGGGGAGGAAAAAGGAUGGAAGGCUUCAGAGUGGCAAAAGCUUUUCAGCCCAGCCAAGGGUGCUCCAGGCAAGUGCUGAGGUACCUCCCUGGGAGAGGACCUUCACCAAGGCAAGUCCGAGGUCACUGUGCAUAGGCCUAUCCUAUGGGUCACUGCACCACAAGCCCAUUCCUCCAUCCAUGCUUCUCAUCUGGGUGGCACAGGGACAAGGGAGUUGGGUCUUUUUCUGGACAGGCCUCUAUGUUUCAACCUGUUUCUCCAGAACUCCCUGUUGGCUCAGCCCUAUGUGGGUUUACUGCACAGGUCUGUGCCCCAACAUGUAUGAACCAUACUCUAUCUGUGAGGGGCACCUCUACCCUCUCAGUCACCAAGGUUGGAAAUUUCCAAGUUAUCUAGGACUCCUGCCUCUUCCUCGCUUCCCACAGCUUGUCACCAAAACUCCGGAGUCCAUCCCCUCUCAGCAGCUGCUGGCCAGGUUCGGUCCUCAUUCCCUCUUACAAUGGACUCUGCCUCUAGUGCCCCCUCCCCACAAGGGCUGAAGAAGAGGAGAUUGGGGUGGGAGAAGGUGGAAUGGGGGUUGCCUUUGUGGCUAGCCGCCGCAGUAACCUUUCCUCUGCCACAUCAAGGUCAGAGAUGAACAGUAGUGUUGGGGACCUGGGUGUUGGCGGCUGCAGCCUCUGGGAUGACCCUGCUCGUUUCAUCGUGGUGCCCGCGGCCUAUGCCUUGGCGCUGGGCCUGGGGCUGCCAGCCAACGUGGCUGCCCUGGCAGUGUUCAUCCGCAGCGGCGGGCGCCUGGGCCAGGCCCUGCUUCUCUACCUGUUCAACCUGGCUCUGGCUGAUGAGCGCUUCACGCUCACGCUGCAGCUGUGGCUCAUCUACUACCUGGGCCUGGCCCGGAGGCCGCCUGCCGCGCGGCUGGGGCCGCCUAGUACGUGUCCACCUACUACGUGUCCACCUACGCGGUGGUCUUCGCCGCGCUCAUCAGCGUGUGCCGCUGUUGCUCCGUACCCUGCCCCGGGCCCGGGGCGGCUGCCUGCCUGGCCUGCGCCGCCGGCGCCCCGCGCGCACUGCCUGCGCCUUCGCCUGGUUGGCGGGCCUGGUCCCUCCCUGCCAGGAGCACCGCUGGGCAAGCUCGGGGCUGGCCUCCGUCACGGUGGCCUUCUUCCCGGCCGCCUUCCUGCUGGUGCUCGCGGCCUACGUGAGCCUGGCGCGGGCGCUCCAGGCGCCCUCGGGCCCGGGCCCUGCUAGCGCCGGCGCGCACCCGCGCGCGGCCAAGACCAUGGUCCUGGGGCUCCUGCUGGUCUUCGCCCUCAGUGUGGCGCCCUACCACCUGCUGCUGGCGCCCAGGGUGGCCGGGCGGGACAGCGACGGAGACCGGUGUCGCGCCGCCUCCACGCUUUACAAUCCUGCACACCCUCAGCCUGGCGCUGCUGAGCCUCAACAGCUGCCUGGACCCACUCAUCUGAUGCUUCUUCGUGCGCCGCUUCCGCCAGGACUGCUGCUGGGCACUGAGCUGCCACCCGGCGCACGGGGCCUCCUUGGCCUCCUCCUAGAGAGUCUCCUGGCCUCCCCGCCUGUCUCACCCCCCUACCACCCUCCCAGUGGCAUCCAGGGUGGAGAAAGCUCUUUGGAAAGACCUAGAUUCUGAUCCUGACGCAACCACAUACUACCCCUGUAGCUGUGAACCUCCGGGCUCAUCUGUACCAAGGGCAUAGAACAUUUUUUUGUAACCUGAAUGUUCCCUGGAUGUUGCCAGCUUUUGGAUACAAAUAAUAUACCAUUGUGUUUUUUUAAACCUCUUGGGAUAAAAGCCAAAGUCCUUAUCAUGGCCUACAAGGCCCUGUCUGAUUCGACUCCCCCUUCUCUCCAGACCUUAUCCCACCACCCCUGCGUCUCCCUGCAGGCAGUCACCACCUUCUCAGGCCCGGGAAAAUGCCAGUCUCCUACCCUUCACGCCCUUUGCACCUGACUUGGCUAGGGAUGAUCUCUGUUACUCUCUUUCACUAAGUUAGUUCUUCUUCACCCUCACUUCCUCUAAAGUAACUCCUUAUAGGAAAGCCUUUCUUGGCUGGCAACACACACACACACACACACACACACACACACGACUGAAUCAGAUCGGAUUGCUCUUUGAUAGCUCUUUUCAUAAUUGUAAUCAAGCAAUUAAUUGGGUCAUGCGUUGUUAUUUUCUUUCUCUCUUGCCAGAAUGUAUUCAUGCUGACCCAUAAGAAAUUACCAUUUUUAUAAGUCCCCAAAAGUUGAAUAUUGGAAAUUUUAUUUCCACCCAGUUCAACUUAAUAAAUUCCGUGUUUACCUUGCUCA